AUGUCUAACAAAAACCAGUCAACAACCAUGCUCGAGAAAAAUAAAACAAAGGAAUCCGAGGCACCAAUGGUCUCUCACGGCCGAGGAGGUCAAGGAAACAUCGGCCAUGACACAACCGAAUACGUCGAUGGCGAGAUCGUUCGUGAAGGCCCAUACGGCGACCAAGGUGAUGGCGCUUACUCUGCCGGCCGAGGCGGCGCAGGAAAUAUCGCUUCACCAAUGGUCCGUCCGUCGUCCAGGGCGCCCCAUGACGUCGAGAUGAUACCUGAGCUUGCUGUCCGCGACUCUACAGAUGAGGUGUACCAUACCGGGCGUGGUGGACAGGGGAAUGUUCAUCUUGACGAGGCUACGCUCAAGGAGAAGGAGAAGAAGAAGGUUGCGCAUGAGGGGUUGGCUGAUAAGUUGAAGUAUAAGUUGCUGGGGCGGAAGUAG